AUGUCAUCUCCCUUCAAGAUGCUCAUCUUCAGCCGAACCGUGCUGUACCGGCACGAGUCGAUCCCAGCCGGUAUCCAAGGCCUGCAACGCCUCGCAGCGGCCUCGAGCACCGGAGAAAACCCAUUCUCGGCCGACACAACGGAAGACCCCUCCGUGUUUACGCCAGCCUCGCUCGCCGCGUACCGCGUCAUCGUCCUUCUGCAGUGUUCCGGCAACGUCCUCGACGACAGCCAACUCGAUGCCCUCAAGGGAUUUGUGCGGUCGGGCGGGGGUGUUGUGGCCAUCCACUGUGCCAGCUACGCUAUGGUCUCAUCCGAGUGGUACGCUGGCCUCAUCGGCGGCGUCUUCGACAACCACCCGGAGCCCCAGCUCGGCCGACUGAAGGUUGAGAACCGCGACCAUCCCAUCAUGACGUGCCGGUGCGUCCAGGUCCAUGGCGAUAGCCGGUCUGCGGACAAGUCGCAGGAAGCGCAGACGGAACUCACCUGGAUGGACGAGUGGUACAAUUUUAAGGCGCACCCCCGGACGACUUACAACGACCUGAACGUGCUCUUGACAGUGGACGAGGAAUCGUACAAGGGUGGGGUGCACGGAGAGGAUCACCCCAUCGCGUGGUGCCAGACGUUUGACGGGGGCCGCAGCUACUACACAUCGCUUGGCCACUUUGACGAGGCAUACGAGGACGAGUGGUUUAUGGGCCAGCUGCUUGGGGGGAUACUCUGGACUGCGGGUGUAGCUCAGAAUUAG